UCUAACUAUCCACUCGCUGUCUCCAUCACUUGCGCCUAGGCCAAGUAAUCGUCUCGGUGUCUUCCUUCAACUCCUUUUGCCUGUCCAGUCACCGAAUUCGGGGUCAUGUCAUCCCAAACCCCACAGACGGAUCUAUCCAUUGACAGAUUUCGCCUUGAUGGAAUGAUGUUAGCGUGUGCAUUAUAUGGCAUAUACUUUCUCCUCACAGCGCAAGCCUGGAUUGCUCUCAUGCAGCGACCUCGUGAUGGGGAGAAGAUAGCAGAACAUCGUCGCGCACUCCUUUUUUACGUCUUUAUCACGUUCGCAUUGGGGUCGGUAAAGUUUGGUGUGGACGUAAAGUAUACGGAAAGGAUUUUGAUAACUUUUCGUGAUGCACCUGGUGAUCCGCUCCCUCGAAUCAAGCACUACACAAAUUGGCGGGCCAACGUCCUAGCGCUUUCCGCUGGUCACGUUCAGCAGUGGUUCAUGCAGGCUCUGCGACUCUACCGAUGUUUUGUGAUAUGGAAUUGGUCAAGAUGGGUGAUGGUUCCGAUGAUCACAAUCUAUGUCGCCAUGAUCAUGUUAUCUAUCAUCGUUGUGUUCCAGUCAAGCACCGGUACUUUAUUUUACAACAUCACCGUCGAGCUUGCCUACCUUUGCAUCGAAGUAGGACUCACGCUCAUUUACACCAUUCUCGUGACGAAUCGUUUGUUUGCCAUGCGAGAGCGCAUGAGGCAGAUCAUGGUCCAAUAUGAUUCUAAGACAUAUAAUACCAUCGCCCUCGCGGUCAUCGAGUCUGCGGCGUUAUACUCCGUCUUCGCUAUUAUUUUCAUAGUUGCCUUUGCCAUACAUGCACACGGUGUCACCAUUCUAUGCUUCCUGUCUAUUGGCAACAUCCAGGGCAUUGCCCAAUUAUUCAUCAUCAUUCGUGUUGCGCAGGGGCGAGCAGUUACACGCGAGUGGUCGACUCGAGUUACUGCAAUACCUUCGGUUAUAACAUUCACAGGGAUUGCAUCGGAUCAGACAGAGGGAACCCAUAAUGAAAGAAUAGCCAGGCUAGAGCAGGACGUCGUUCAGUUGCGCUCUGAUUCCGAGAAGGUGGUGGAAGUGGAAGUGGCAGUGUCUAUAGCAUGA